UCAACAAACAAACAUCUCAUUCCCUUAUUCGGAUCAUCGGUCUCAAAGCUUAGUCGUUUCCUUUCUUCUUAUAUAUUCUAGCCAUGGCUCAGACCGUUGUCCUCAAAGUUGGUAUGUCAUGCCAAGGCUGCGUUGGUGCCGUCAAUAGAGUCUUAGGCAAAAUGGAAGGGGUAGAGUCAUUUGACAUUGAUAUCAAGGAGCAAAAGGUGACAGUGAAAGGUAAUGUUGAGCCUGAAGCAGUUUUCCAAACAGUUUCAAAGACUGGAAAGAAGACUUCUUACUGGCCAGUGGAGGCUGAGGCUGAGCCAAAAGCCGAGGUUGAACCCAAGGCUGAAGCCGUGACUGAGACUAAAACCGAGGCUGAGACUAAGACUGAGGCUAAGGUUGAUGCAAAAACUGAUGUUGAACCAAAAGCCGCAGAAGCCGAGACUAAGCCAUCACAAGUUUAAGUAUACUAAAGAUGAGAAGGAAGGCUAAUCUACCUUUACAAUGCUUCUUUAUCUUUUGCUUGUGUUGUGUGUGUUGUUGUAAGCAGUGCUUUCUCUAAACAUCUAAUAUUUUCAUGUAUACCUUUUUCAACCUUUGAUAAGAAGAUGUUGGGCCCAUGUUGGUCCGACUUUCUUUUAUAAUAAGUUUCAAGUGUUUUA